CAGCUUUAAGAUAAGGCCCUAAGACCACAUGAGUGGGGAUGAGCCAACACAACACCAUGAAGUCGACCAAUAACCAACCAUGAGAAGUAUUCUGAUGCUGAUGCUGUCAAUCACACACACCCAGAGCCUCUCCUCAUGUCCCGCCUCUUGUGUGGUGUGUUCUGAUGAGGCGGUCAUCUGUCACAAGCUCUCCAAUAUUAUAGCGGCACCAGUAACUACCAAGGCACUCAUGCUGACUGAUGGCACCAUUGUGUCCAUUGACCACCAUUUCCUGUCCAUCAUGUCCAACAUUACUGUGCUGUCCUUCAGCCACAACACAAUCGCCACCAUCACCUACGAUGCCUUCUGGAACCUUACCGUCCUCCAUACCCUCCUCCUGGAUCACAACCUCCUCUCUAGCCAGGCCCUGGGUGGCUCAACCUUUUCCUGGCUGCAGAGGCUAGUGAUUCUCCAUCUGGGGAAUAAUGCCCUAGGGGAGAUCAACGGCUCCUGGUUCCAGGCCACAGGUGCCUUGCGGACGCUGCAGCUGGAAGGGAACCGCCUUACCGGGCUGGACGCUGGCACAUUUGCCUCAGCUGAUCUCCAGGGGCUUGAAACCCUGGAUCUGUCUGAUAAUUUAAUCGCAUACCUGGGCAAGGAUAGCUUCAGAGGCCUGCCUCAGCUACGUAGUCUGGAUCUCUCCAGGAAUCAGCUCCAGAGCGCCCCACCAGAGGCAUUUGUGUAUUUGUCAUUUCUGUCUAAUCUCAACCUGGAGCUCAACAAGUGGAGUUGCACGUGUGAGCUGAGAGACCUGGCGUCUUUCCUCAACAAAUAUACGGAGGCCCCGCAAAAGGUCCUGUUCAAUGGGCGUAAGAUCGUGUGUGUGAGUGCAGACAACCCGGCAGUGACGACAUUACUGGAGCUGACAGAGGCCAACUGUGUCUCGCCCAAUCACAACAUCACAGUGAUGAUUAAGGCCAAUGCCUCCAUCUCUACUCAGCGCUACACCAGAGACCUGGCUUUGGCUGCAGUCUUUUGCUUUGCUGGCAAGUACCACAAUGUCUGUCUUCUAAUGCCACUUUAA